GGGGCGGGGCCACCCCGGCCGCAGCCCGGGCUUCAGCUCCCGCCCCACAGCCGCCGUCCCCGCCUGCCGCUCCGGCUCUGCCCGGCGCAGGCCCCGCCGCCAUGUCGGACCCGUUCGAGCUCUCGGUGCAGGACCUCAAUGACCUGCUGUCGGACGGGAGCGGCUGCUACAGCCUCCCGAGCCAGGCGUGCAACGAGGUCGCGCCCCGCAUCUAUGUGGGCAAUGCGUCAGUGGCGCAGGACAUUGCAGCCCUGAAGAAGCUGGGCAUCACCCACGUCCUGAAUGCGGCGGAGGGCCGGUCUUUCAUGCAUGUCAACACCAAUGCCAACUUCUACCAGGACUCGGGCAUCACCUACCUGGGUAUCAAGGCCAAUGAUACGCAGGAGUUCAACCUCAGCGCCUACUUUGAGAGGGCCGCAGACUUCAUCGACCAGGCCUUGGCACAAAAGAAUGGCCGGGUGCUGGUGCACUGUCGAGAAGGGUACAGCCGGUCCCCCACCCUGGUCAUCGCCUACCUCAUGCUGCGCCGGAACAUGGACGUGAAGUCUGCCCUGAGCGCCGUGCGGCAGCACCGCGAGAUCGGCCCCAACGACGGCUUCCUGGCGCAGCUGUGCCAGCUGGACCACAGGCUGCGGCAGGAGGGGAGGCUGAAGCUCUAGGCCACGCCACCCUAUGCCCAGGGGGAAGGAUGGUGUCCCCAGCCCGUGUCACCAGGCACCUGCCCGAGUGUGUGUCCCAGUACCGCCCAGGGCCACGUCCCCUGAGCACACAGAGAAGCUCUGCCGGGGUCCCGUGUCCACUUCCUGUCCUGCCGGUCAUCUCUGUCCCUGAGGAGGGACUGCCCGAUGAUAGGAGGCGGGAUACCCCUCCCCUGCUCCCCAGGACUCCAGCACCGAGCCCAGUAAAGGACAGUGAUGUGUGUGGGGGUCCGUUCAUGCCCUGCCCGCAGGUACCCACUUUGUCCUGGGGGUUCCCUGUCUCCUGAUUAUUUCCGAGGCACAGACACUGCCCGGGAGGCCUGGGCUCUGCCCACCCCAGAUCCUCAGUGCAGUGGGGAGCUAUUGCCCCACCCUCCUCUGCUCUGACGUGCCAAUGCCAUGGUCAUCUGCUCCCUUUCUGGAAGGCAGGGUACUGAGCUGCGGCCCUACCCGGCUGCUUCUGCUCCUGUCCUUGUUCCGAGCUGGGUGAGCGGCUGGCCCAGCUCAGCCAGCGAGCAGGCAGGCGUGGGUGGGGGCUCUGCUCUCAGGAGUCAUGUGUGUCUGUGUCAGGUCCUCGCUGUGUCCCCCAACACACAGGAGUGUGUCCUGUGAGUGACAGGGUGAGCUGGGGUGCAGGGUGACAGCCCUCAUGUGCCCAGCUCCUGGAGGUCGGGGUUCCUGUGGGAUUCCCCAGCACUGUGUUAGCUCAGUUUGCAUUUGGGCUCCAGUGAGGUGGGGACCCGUAGCUGGGGUGGAGUGAGUCCCAGGUCGCCACUGAGGGCAGCGGCCAUCCACACAGCUGUGCACCCCGCUCCACUGUUUGCACGAGGCUCCUCGACCAUCGUGGGGUUUAGGGCGAGAAGGUUGUGACCCCCAGGCUACCUGCUUGUUGCUGUCAGAAGCGGGGUUCUUAGGGGCUGGGGAUUUAGCUCAGCGGCAUAAGCGCCUUCCUUUCAAGUGUGUGGUCGUGAGUUUGAUCCCUGGUACCGAUAAAAAAACGAAAAAGACAAAAAAGAAAAGAAGCGGGGUUCUUUCAUUCCUAGGCUGCUCCUCCCUGGGAUGAGAGUAGAGUCCACCACUCAGCUCUCUGCCCAGUUGGAGAAAGAGAUGCAAAGUGGGGUUCCCAUGGAGCACCCUGAGUCAGGGCAUCCUGCUGUGCUUCCGGAAGAGGCCUCGGAGCCUCUCUGGGAAAAUAGAUCCUCUCUGGGAACAUGCGGGAGGGAGGCCAGGGGGAGUUCCCGCCUUCUCUGGAGCUCCUUUGCUGAGGACUUGGGGUGACUCUGUGGCCCCUAGAAGCAACCCGUUCACCCCGGGUUUAACUCCAGCUGGCUGAGAGGCUGGCGUGAGGUGUACUGCCCCACGGCUCUGUCCCUGGGCAGGGCAGUGUGGGACCACGGGGCACCUGUCCCCUCCCUGCACUCCUGUCCCUCCAUGCAGCUGGGAUUUCCCUGGGCCACUCCCUGCCUCCACCUGACAGACAUGCACGGCUGAGGGCCAGCAGGUGGCGCUGCGUCCCUGUGGUGGCCAUGGCCGGGAGGUUGGUGACAGUUUCUGAGGUUUAAAGGGCUCAGAUGCCAGUGGUAUCAGCAGGAGCAGCCUGGACCUGAACCUCAGGUCAGAGCUCUGCCCACGGAGCCCUCAGGGUGAACCGUGGCAGGGACCCCGCAGUGUCCAGCUGGCUUGCAGCUUGGCUUGCAUCUGGCUUCCCCCUGCUGGCUUGAGCAGUGGUUUGCAGUGAGUGAUUUGGGGGACACAGGGUGGGGAGCUGGGCGGCCGCUCCGUGGAGGGUACUUUCCUGGCCAUGUGAGGCCCUGGGCACCAGGUCACUGCCACCAAACAAAGGGAAAAAAAAAAAGCAAGUCGAGUGUCUGCUGUGUCACCAGUCUGUGCUGAAACACUGCGAUUAAACCGAAUAAAUGUCUCAUGAAGAUGA